AUGCCUGCAGCAUCAGCAGCACAAGGAAUAACAUGUAAUCCAGACAGAGGUUUGGGAUUAGGUUUUCUGCUGGGAGCAGAGUAUGACAGGAAGAAGCAGAAGCUUCAGCAGGAGCUUCAGCUGGACUACAAACAUUAUGUUGCCAAGAAAAAGGAUCAGAAAGCUGAACUUCAUCCACAAUCCCAGGGUCUCUCCCUACCUAUUGAUGAGAGAAUAUCAGUUAAGGAAAAACUGAGAGAGGAAAGAAAUAAAGAAUACAACCUCUUCCUUCAGACGCAACCUCAAACCAGACGGUUAAAGAGGGGAACAUCUUCUGUCAAUGAUAAACCUGGACGUGGUCAAGCCUCAGAUGUUAUGUGCAUAUCUACUCCAGCCUCUCCUCUGCCCGUCGUCAACAGCCACACAAACAUAGACCGUCCUCGGAGGGAGCACGCUGCAUCCAGAAGAAAUGCUGCCACUCUGACUGAGGCAGAGAAUAAUAGAAAAAAAAAAGAAAGCACAGAGUCUUGGGGUCAGGGACAUCAGGGACGAAGGCGUUGGCACGUCUACAGGCCGAAGGAGCACUACAGCUCUGAAGAUGAGCUGAAAAUGGACAAAGAUAAGGAGUUGGAUCUCAGACACAGGAGGUGGCAAGAUACACCCACUCCAGAGCCUGAGUACAAAGAGGAGAGGAGAACCUUGGAGCGCAGAGCUAAGAGAGCCCCUCAGGACAUAACGGAGAUGGAGGCCCGUGGUGUUCAUGAUCAGAACAACAAUGACAAGAUUUUGAAGUCAGACAGCCUGCAAAUGCCAGACAGUAUGAAGACGGCUACAAGAUCUACACGUGCGACCAGCAAGGAUGAAGCCAAGUUUGCCACUGGACUCAUGAUUGGAUCAACAGAAGAGCAGAUGGCCUCUCAGAUGAGGAAAGAACGGUAUAGGCAGGAGCUGCUGAAACAAAUUGCUGAACAGCAGAGAAACAAAAAGACGGAGAAGGAACUUGAGCUGAAGGUGGUUGCGACUGGAGCCACAAACCCCGAGAAAAAGCCUGACCGAAUUAAGCAGUUUGGGGCUGUAAAUCGGCGUUAUGAAAGCAGGAAAAGGGAUGUUCCCUACAAGCCUGAAACAGGUUUGGAGGUCAUGAGGAAGGACCCAAAUCCAAAACCUAAGGCUGACAUACCCAUUGAAGACACAGAACAGAGGGCCCCCCCAGGAAAGCCCUUACCUUCUCUGACUGUGGGCAACAAUACAGUUCUCAAUCAACUGCCUGGGUCUAGGUCAGAAGCAGCACAAGGCGGCCCCUCGCUGGACUAUUUUAAUGAGGACUACCACAGCGAUUUCUCAGACAUGCUAGAAGAGGUGGCCAUACCAAGAGUGGCUGGUGUUCCUCCUCCUUUACCCACCACUGUAGCCAAUACUUACAAGACUCCACAUGAUGCAGCCUAUAACUACUAUGGAACCAGGAAUCCAUUAGAUCCUAAUCCUCCCGACUAUCAGAAUGGUUUGCCUGGAGGAGUGCAGCAGUCUGGGAAUUUCCACAACAACUCUCAAAGACCACCUUCUGCCAGACACAGUCGCCACACAGAAGCAACUGAUCACCAUAGAGCAUCACCUCUGUUCAUUGGAGAGCUUUUGGUAGACAAUUCCAAGCAGAGGAGAGAGAUUGCAAUAAACUACCAAGAAGCACUCAGACAACAGAUCAAAGAAAGAGAGGAGCGUAAAAAAAGAGAGAAAGAAGAGAAGGAGCGAUAUGAUGCCAAGAUAAAUGCCGAAAUGAUGGCCUACAACCCCUGGGGGAGGAGUGGGGGAGGUGCUCCAAUUAAAGACCGCAGAGGCAACCUUGUUAGUGAUCUGAAUCACAUGCACAGGAUCAAUGAGGAGUCGUGCAAGAUGUCAGCAAAUGACGGACAGAUACAGGACUCUGUGACGAGGGAUGGACACACUCCUGGAUUUGAAGCCAGUUCACCGCUCUCCCAUCGAAUGUCAGGUUUCACUGAUCUGCCAACUCCGCAGCAGCUCCACAGGCAUGACAUUUACAAAGAAGCCCUGAAACAACAGAUCGAAGAAAACAGACGAAAGCAGUCAGAGGAGAGGGAACGAGUCAGGAUUGAGGAGGAGAAAGAAGAGAAGAGGCUGGCGGAGCAGAGGGCUCGCAUACAGCAGGAAUAUGAGGACGAGCAAAGGAGGCAAAAGAAGAUUGGGCAUAGGCUGGAGAACCAAGGUUGGAUCCAUGAAGGUAAAACAAUUCAUGGAAAAGAGGAAAAGAGGGUGAGGGAGGAACAGGAGAUUGAAAAGAAGGAACAUGAGAGCACCAAGGUCAGACAGGAGGAACGGGCACCAAUGGUGGAGUAUGAGAGAGAUCCAUCUCCUCCCAUCCCAACCUUGCAAAAGAAACAGACAGACCUCGUGGCCUCCAGAUCUUCUUCUGCUUUGAGUGAGCUGUCCUCCAGGACUGAGCGCUCCAUGUCAGCGCCACCCUCACUCCUGCUGCUUGCUCCAGAUGAUAAACAGGAAGUGAUGAGAGAACUGUCAGCCCUCCGUAGGUACCUGAGAAAAAAGCAGAGACAACUGGAGGAUCAGCUGCGACGAACAGAUUGGCAGGAGGCACACUACACAGCCCCCAACAGGCCCAAAGGACAACCCACAGUGGACACCUUUGAGUCAGCCAACAAACAAGCUGUCCAGCCAUCAACUAAGAAUCCUUCCUCCAGUGCUGCCAUGCAAAACAUCCGGGAGUUCAACCAGCUUAAAUACAGGGAUACAGUAUCUCGAGAAGAGGUCCGUCACAUGUUCCCUGACCCUCCCACUGAUGCCGGAAGUCUGGAUAUCCAGCAGCAGGCUCUUCUUCGUGAACAACGGCGCAAAAUCAGGCUUAUGAAGAGAGAGGAAGAGCACGGUCAGGAAGCAGACACACAGAUAUCUCCUCAAACUGUUGUCCUCUUUAACUCACUGCUUUGUCUUCCUAUAGACUAUUUGGACCAUCAGCUGAGCCACCAUCAUCCUAGGAACAAACCUGGGCACCGCGUCCACAGAGACUCUAUUUUGCCAUCUGAGACUGCAUUUAUUGAUGUUUACAGUGGUGAUCCAUCUGGAGACAUGGUUCAUCAGCAGAGAUCCCUUCAGCCCUCACCAGAGCACCAGAAGAGGACAGCCCGGCGGAGGAGACAUGACUAUGAUCCAGCCCAGUCUCUGCAGUCAGAAACCAGUCUGAACCUUGGAUCUGAAGUCAGGCCCCGCAACCAACAGCACAGGGUGACUCAUGGCUCUUGCACUGGUGACCAUGGGAGCAGAUCAGAGGGGCUGUCUGGUGAUGAACACGAUGUCUUGUCUCUGCGUUCUGCCCCGGGGAGGAGUGUCUCUGUGGAGACUGUUGCCACAGAAGCCUGGCUGCGUCCCGGCACGUCGGAUGCUGUGAAAUACUCUGGCUGUAAAGAUGGGCCAGGCAGCAGGAGGGAUGCUCCACCCUGGCUGACACACCGCGUCACCUAG